AAAGUCUUGAAUGGAUUUGGAUGCAAUUUUGUGGAGUUAUUGGAAAUGACAAAAGGAAAAAAGUGGUAAAAUUUUGGUGGUGAUCCAGGAAUUUUAAAAAGAUGUUUCACCAUUGCGGGAUAGGGCGAAUUUUGACAUUCCAGUUUCUAAAUCCACAAAAACACGGCAGAAAGACUUGAAACCGCCGGCUGGUCUCAUAGGACUCAAUGUUAACUGCUAGCUUGGAGUUCAUUUGAUAACGGCAAAUCCAGGGGCAAUGGUGAAUUCAGGUUCAUUGUGUCUUCUCAUGCUCACAUUUGGUGUGUGCACCAAUGCCCAGGAUGCAUUGUAUCCAUUUGGAUCAGCUGCAGGGGAUACCUUCAUGCCUCAUUUUUACCACAAUGUGACCCUGCUUCAGUCAUUCCAUUACUUCAAUCGCACGUACCAGAACAUUUAUGUAUUUAAAUUUGGUUUCAUCAAUAUGCAGUUGCAUGACGCUAUAUAUGCAGAUAUUAUUGCUCCAUUUGCCCUAGUGAGUGAGAGACAAAACGUCUCCUAUCAGCAGUACACCUCAGGAGAUGUUCUUCAUACUGCAACUCAAGACAUCAACUCCUACUUUCCCAACGUGACCUUCACUGCUACCUGGGUGUUUGUUGCUACUUGGGACAGAGUGGUGUUUUAUCUGACAAAUUAUGUAAGUUAGUAACCCCAAAAGGCCACGGAAAAGGCAAAAGGACAUAUGAGAU